AUGUCUCUGGAGGAGCAGUUCGUCUCCGACCCGGAGGACGGCCGGGUCCCGCUGCUGAACGCGUCCAGCGGGCUGUGGGACCCGGCACAGGGGGGCCCCCGGCCCCGGUACCGCAUCUGGCUGCCCGGCAUCGGCAUUGCCGCCGCCUACGGGCUGAUCACCGUGGUGGGUCUGGUGGGGAACGUGACUCUGGUGAAGACGGUUCUGCGGGUCAAGUCCAUGCGCACCGUGCCCAACCUGUUCCUGUCCAGCCUGGCCGCGGGGGACGCGCUGCUGCUGCUCACCUGCGCGCCCGUGGACGCCAGCCGCUACCUGGUGGACCGCUGGCUGUUCGGCCGCCUGGGCUGCAAGCUGAUCCCCUUCAUCCAGCUCACCUCCGUGGGGGUGUCCGUGUUCACGCUCACCGCGCUCUCCGCUGACCGGUACAAGGCCAUCGUCACGCCUCUGGACAUCCAGCGGUCCGGCGCCACGCUCAGCAUCAGUUUACGGGCCGGAGCCAUCUGGCUGCUCUCCUUAACCCUGGCGACCCCCGAACUUAUUUGUCUAAUACGGACUUGGUCCACGUCCUUAUCAAUCAGGCUGAAAGGCAGGCAGCACAUUAAGUCCAGGAAGCGUCUGGCCAAGACGGUGCUGGUGUUCGUGGGCCUGUUCGCGGUCUGCUGGCUCCCCAGUCACGUGAUCUACCUGUACCGCUCCUACCACUACGACCAGGUGGACACGUCGCUGGCCCGCUUCAUCGCCAGCGUCUGCGCUCGCAUCCUGGCCUUCACCAACUCCUGCGUGAACCCGCUUGCCCUGUACCUGAUGAGCAAGAGCUUCAGCAAACACUUCAGGAAGCAGCUGCUGUGCUGCUCGUCUCCCAGACGCCUCAACAGCCAGAACAGCGGCAACACAAACAUAACCACCGUCUGA